AUUUCCGCCAUGUCCGCCAAGGUCGACACGAAGCCCCAAGUGAUCGUCGUACUUGAGAACGCUUCGCUCGAGACAGUCAAGACGACGCGCGGGUACCAGCUCCUCAACUGCGAUGACCACAAGGGCAUUCACAAAAAACACAACAAGGACCCGUCGGCGUCGCGGCCAGACAUUUUGCACCAAGAAUUGAUGGCGCUGCUCGACAGUCCGCUCAACAAAGCCGGUCAUCUCAAGGUGUUCAUUCGCAGUGCCAAGGGCGUACUCAUUCAAGUGAGCUCCCAAAUGCGCAUUCCCCGCACGUACAAGCGUUUUGCGGGGCUCAUGGUGCAAUUGCUCCAUGCGCUCAAGAUCCGAUCGUCCGAUGGCAAGACGACGUUGUUGAAGGUAAUCCAGAACCCCGUCGACGCGCACUUUCCCCCAAACUGCAAAAAAUAUGGCUGCUCCGUCACCGGCGACCUCGUCGAUCCUUGGGAGUUUGCGGCAGAGCUUCCCAAAGAACCUGUCGUGUUUGUACUCGGCGCCAUGGCGCACGGCCACAUUACCAAAGAAAUGUGCCCAUACGUGGACGAAAUGAUCUCGCUGUCCGAGUACCCGAUGAGUGGAGCGCAGGCAAUCAGUCGCCUGCUCAACGCGUUCGAGCGAAACUAUGGUAUUUUGUAGUCCUUGCCAUGAUAAUCCCAACGCAGACGACCAAAACCGUGA